AUGGUAAUUUCUGGAUUUAAAGACAAGCUGAAAGGGGUAAUGAUGUACUUUACUUACUUGAACUUUAUAAGUACAGCAGAGCGACUCUUAAUGAAUAUAUUUCCACGUUUUUACAGGCAACUUGCGUAGCUCGCAAUGAUAAUCCUGCGUCGUUUGAUCCGUUUUCCGUCGAGGUAAACUUCUUCACACUUUUCAAUUCAAAACACAAACACGUUGGCCAGAUUUAUCUUAAGGGACGGAUGAUGCAUCUGGGCGAACUUGGGCAAUGAAAAGAUAGUUCGUCGUUGUAUCAAACGCAGUAAAUGGACGGGUCAUCCGUCAAGACGAUGCAUCUUUGUAACUUUUUUUGACAACAGAACAUAAAUCCCUUAUUAAGUCCCACCAAAACAUUACAAAGAUUACGUUGUACAUACAAAACCACAGAAAAAUUACAAUUUGUAAUCUAAUUGGAACAAUUAACUAGUUGGCUUACUGAGGUGUAAAUUCAAAUUAAGAUCAUCGAUUACCGAAAAUUAUCUACUAAUUUAUAUAAUUAAAUCAAGAAAAAAGCGGAUUUUUAAAUCAAGAAAUCUUACUACGCCUUACAAAUAAUUUACCCAUCGAGCAUAAGUGACAACCUUGUAGCAACUUGAUAAAAUAACAGCAUUGUUACAACUUGUUGGCAAGCUUGCUACAAGCCUGUUGCGAACACAAUCUUGUUGACAAGUUGUGAGAUUUUUACGUGUGAUUGAACGAUGUGCAAAGCAUUCUUGUGUCUUGUGACAGGUAUGUGUUGGUACAAGAAAGAAAGUGAUUCAUAUUGUGAUGAUCACAGAAGAUAAUGUGUAUCCCAAAAGAGAAAUAUCGCUUGCUGAAUCACCUGUGCAUUUGGUAAGGAUUUUUUUCAAGUUGACAUUGGACCUAUUCCCUAUAAACAAAAUUUUGAUCUGGACAAGUCUAGACAAAAGCAGCUUGAAAGAGCAUCACAAAAUUAGUAAUAUUCCGAAGUUUUGUUGCGAAUUGUUGUAAAUGAUUGAAAAACGGCAAACUUCGCAAGGCUAUAUUAUCCGCACUUUACAACAUUUCGCAACGAAACUUUGCAGUAUUACUAAUUUUGUGAUGCUCUUUCAAGCUGUUGUGAAAUUUUUGUCUAGACUUGUUGAGAUCAAAAUUUUGGUCAUUAGGCAAUGGGUCCAUUAGUUCGGCACCUCCUUUUUAAAGCUGCUGGAAUAUUUUGUUUCAGAAUUUUGAUGGCAGUACAGUAUGUGUGGCAUUGUCAAGUGUUUAUUGUAACGUGGAUGUUCCUUCAGGAAAGGUAAGUGAUAGCAGAUGAAACUGGAACGACAGAUAGGGAGUAAUGGCAGAUGAUCGAACAGACCCCUUUUUUUUACUCGUGUUUUUAGAUACAAGAGCUGAUCAGUUAUGAACCACAGAAUACCAGACCAAUUAUCACAAGAAUUGCUGUGGUGAGUUGCAAGAGCACAGUUGAUCGAGGAUUGUCUUUGAAUCUAGCUUGCAUUUCUAACUACAGUGACUGGAUGACAUGGAGAACAGUGGGAUUUUCAAGACAAUGAAAAGACAAUGGAACAUUCUGAUCACUGGAUCAUGACUGGAUGGCAUGGAGAACAGUGGGAUUUUCAAAACAAUGAAAAGACAAUGGAACAUUCUGAUCACUGGAUCAUGACUGGAUGACAUGGACAGCGAGAUUUUCAAAACAAUGAAAAGACAAUGGAACAUUCUGAUCGCUGGAUCAUGACUGGAUGGCAUGGAGAACAGUGGGAUUUUCAAAACAAUGAAAAGACAAUGGAACAUUCUGAUCACUGGAUCAUGACUGUAUGGCAUGGAGAACAGUGGGAUUUUCAAAACAAUGAAAAGACAAUGGAACAUUCUGAUCACUGGAUCAUGACUGGAUGGCAUGGAGAACAGUGGGAUUUUCAAAACAAUGAAAAGACAAUGGAACAUUCUGAUCACUGA